AUGGGGGCUGUUAUAUCUUUCCUAGCUUGGGUACAUAAGAAGAAGAAGACUUCCCAAACCCUAAUCACUUCACUUCCAAAGGACGUUUCAGUGGACUGCACAGCUCUUGUGUCUCCAACCCUAAUCAGUUCACUUCCUAAGAAUUUUUCAGUGAACUGCAUAGCUCUUGUGCCGAUACCCAAAUCUCCAACCCUAAUCACUUCGCAUACAGAGCGAGAUUCAACUGACUGCACAGCUCUUCGUGUGCCAAAACACAAGUAUCCAGAUCUAAUCACUUUACUUCCAGCGGACGUUUUAACGGACUGCAUCGCACGUGUGCCAAAACACUGGUAUCCAACUCUCUCCCUCGUUUCUAAACUGUUUCGAUCAAUGGUUGCUUCGCCUGAGCUAUACGCGAGACGUUCUCUGUUAGGAUUCGCAGAAUCUUGCAUCUAUGUGCCCAUCCAUUGUAGUCACGAUUUGAGUAUACGUUGGUACACUCUCCUCCGUAACCAAAGACGGUUGGUCCCUAUCCCGUUGCUACCUCUUACGCCUUACUCAAGCUCUGUAUAUGUCGUAUUGGGUUCGAGGAUCUUUGUCUUGGGUGGAUACUACGAAAGUCAGUACACGACCAAUGUGUCAACCAUGGACUGUCGAUAUGACACGGUGCAACCUUAUGGCACCAUGCCUAAGGCUGUCGUUAAUCCUGUCGCCGAAGUUGUCGAUGGUAAGAUUUACGUGAUCGGAGGUCAUCACGGAAAGGACUCGAGUUUUUGGUCAUCAGACUUGAUGAUGGUGUUGGACGUUGAAUCACAAACGUGGGAAUACGUGGAGAAGAAGUCAGGGUUGGAGAUGGGUCAUAAUUUGAUUAGUUGUGUAGCGUUGGAAGAUAAGAUUUACAUAAAGGGUUGUAGAAAAAGCUUUGUUUUCAAGCCGAAGGAAGGUAAAUGGGAAGAAGAAGCGAACGAGUUGCUGCAUUCUAGUGGUAGAGGGACAAGUGGUUGUGUCGUAGAUGGAAUAUUGUAUAGUUACGAUACUUAUGGAAAUUGUUUAAGGGCGUAUGAUCUAAAGAAGAGGUUGUCUUGUGGAGUGGUGAAGGGUUUGGGAGGACUGGUUAAGAAGAGUUACAAGGUAUUUGUUGUUCGUUGUGGUGAAAAUAGCGUAUUGUUGAUGCAGAAUGGAGACUUGCUCAAACCAGGGAUUUGGUGUGCUGAGAUUGCUUUGACGGAAAGGAAUCAGAGAGGAGAGAUUUGGGGGAAGGUUGAGUGGUCUCAACUUGUGCUUGAUGGAGACGCUUCUUUUUCAGAUUGCCUUAGUGUUAUGGUUUGA